AUGCCUUCUUAUGCUAAAUUUCUUAAAGAUAUUUUGUCAAGUAAAAGAAAAUUGGAAGAAGUUUCAGUUGUUAAGCUUACAGAGAAAUGUAGUGCUAUACUGCAAAAUAAGCUUCCGCAAAACGAUCCAAGUAGUUUUACAAUCCCUUGUACCUUAGGAGGUGCUCAUUUUGAGAAAGCACUAUGUGAUUCAGGUGCUUCAAUAAAUCUAAUGCCUUUUUCAAUUUUCAGAAAAUUAGAACUUGGUGAAAUGAAAGACACUGGUGUGUCUCUUCAACUGGCGGAUCAAAGUACUAAAAAAUCGAAAGGAAUAAUUGAAAAUGUUCUUGUAAGAGUCGACAAAUUUAUAUUCCCAGCAAAUUUUAUAGUACUUGAAAUGGAAGAAAAUACUGAGGUGCCAUUCAUUUUAGGUAGACCAUUUCUCGCUACAGAUGAAUACAAAGAUGAUCAGUUGAUUACUGAUUCAUUGGAAAGAUGUUUGUCCAAAUCAGGAACAAAAGUUACAAUAUUCACUGAUCAUGCAUCUUUAGAGUAUCUCUUAACAAAGAAAGAUGCCAGACCUAGAUUGUUAAGAUGGAUACUCCUUUUACAGAAAUUUGAUCUUCUUGCGACAAAUGCCAAAGAAGCGGUAACAUUUCGAAAUGAGAUGAGAUGCCUCUUAACUCUAUUCUGGUGCGUAGAAGCAAUCGCUACUAAAACAAAUGACACUCGUGUUGUCUGUGCUUUUCUUAAGAAAAAUAUUUUUUCUAAAUUUGGAACUCCGCGAGUUAUCAUAAGUGACCAGGGAACUCAUUUUAUAAACAGACAAUUCGCUAGUUUGUUGUCAAGAUAUGGAGUUACUCAUAAAACGGGAACUCCAUAUCAUGCUCAAACAAGCGGGCAAGUAGAAGUAUCCAACAGAGAAUUGAAAAGAAUAUUAGAAAAAACUGUUGGUUCCUCCCGUAAGGAUUGGUCUCUAAAAUUAGAUGAUGCUCUGUGGGCAUACAGAACUGCUUUCAAAACUCCCAUAGGAACUUCGCCUUAUAGACUAGUUUUUGGAAAAGCUUGUCAUUUGCCUGUGGAAUUAGAAUAUAAAGCAUAUUGGGCUAUAAAAUCGUUAAAUCUAAAUUUAUCAGAUGCAGGAAAAAAUCGUUUAUUGCAACUUGAUGAAUUGGAAGAGUUCAUAUUUGAAGCAUACGAAAAUGCUAAAUUGUACAAAGAAAAGACAAAAUGA